AUGGUAGUAUUUGGCCAAGUGGUCAUUGGACCACCGGGGAGUGGUAAAUCGACAUACUGCGCAGCAAUGCAGCAGAAACUCAAUUCAUUGAAUCGCAAAUGUAUAGUAAUCAAUUUAGACCCUCAAGUAACACUGAAGGAACUGCCGUACGAGCCGACCAUAGACGUGUGUAACCUGAUAGACUCGGAGAGAGUGUCAAAAGCAUUUAGCCUAGGACCAAACUCAACACUGGUGUAUUGUAUGGAGUACCUGCUGGAGAAUAUAGACUGGCUGUUGGAGGAGAUAUCGAAAAAUAAAGACUCGUAUCUGCUGUAUGACCUGCCGGGACAAGUGGAGCUGUUCGUACACAAUAACGCAACAAAAGACAUCGUGGCGAGACUGGAAAAGGCGAAUCAGCGACUGGUGCUGAUAAACCUGGUGGACUCGACGCUGUGCACGGACCCGUUCAAGUACGUGGCAGCAAUGCUGUCGUCACUGAGCAGCCAAAUCUUCAUACAACUGCCACACAUCAACGUGCUGAGCAAGCUGCGACUGCUGAAGAGGCUUAAAAACGACCUCGCGUACAGGCUGGAGUACUAUACACAGGCGCAGGACCUCCAGGAGCUCCUGGAAGUGCUGAGAAGAGGUAUCCACAUCCCAAAUUCGCAAAAAUUCGAGAGAUUCACCUCGACGUUGUGCGAGAUAAUAGAAGAUUUUAAUCUCGUCUCGUUUUGCACUGCGGAUGUGGAAGAUGAGGUGUCGCUGGAGAGGCUGCUGUCGAGCGCCGAUAGAGCCGUGGGAUACAUCCCUUUCAACGAAGGCGACGUGUAUUUUGACUUAAAAUCAAAAGUAUACAACGACCUCGCGGAAUUUGACGAUAGUUCGGAAGAUUCCGGUGACUAG